AUAAUUUCUCAGGUGAUAUAGUGUGAAGAAUUUAUUCUCAUUUUUGUUUAAUGUGGUUGUUUGGGCUCAUGUUUGGAAUGCAUGUACAUUUACACUUCUUUGUGCAGUUUGUUUCAUGUAUGGUGCAGUACGAUAUCAUGUCUUGAUCGUAAAUUAAUACAUGACAAAUAUGCUGUGGAAAUGGUCUGUGGCAUUUUGAGUGAAUGUAUUCCUUAGAUUUCCUUAGAUAAGUUAUUAAACCAUGACGGUUAGGUUUAAUCAGUAGAACAGGGUCCUUAUCACAAGGUUGGUGCCAAGCAGCACAAUAAAUGGAAUUUUACUGAGCGCCCAGGUGAUAACCUGUGAUCUCAGGUAUCUCUUUGUCACUAUGACAACAGAGGCAGGCAGGGAAGGAAGGUGUGUGUGUGUGUGUGUGUGUGUGUGUGUUUGUGUGGUGUGGAGGUGGGGGUGGGGUGUAAGUGCACAGCUGGUAAGUAUGAGGCUCCGUGGCUGUUGGAAAGAAAUCCUCUGCCUGUGAUGCUUUACCUGUCUGUGUUUGCAGUCAACACGGCCCACAACGGACGCGUGAAUGGCCUGUGUUUCACAGCCGAUGGCCUGUUCCUGCUCACCACAGGGACAGACGACCGCAUGAGAUUGUGGAACAGCGCUACUGGAGAGAACACUCUGGUGAACUAUGGAAAGGUGGCCAACUCCAGCCGCACUUGCCUAAGGCUAAGUGUGUCACGCGGCUGCAGUCCGGAGUUUGUGUUUGUGCCCUGCGGCAGCUCGGUAGCAGUCUACUCCCUGCACACAGGCGAGCUCGUCACUAUGCUCCGGGGUCACUAUAACAACGUAGACUGCUGCGAGUUUCACCCUGACUAUCAGGAACUGUAUAGCGGGGGCAAGGACUGCAACAUCUUAGCCUGGGUUCCUGUGUUGAGGCAAUCUGACAUUGAAGAUGAAGAGACUGCCACUGUCAAGGGUGGGCAACAGGCUGCAGUGAACCCUGCUUUUGUGGAUGCAUGGAGCAGUGACGAGGACUGAAGGAAGACGGAAGCCGAAGAAUGCAUCUCCACUGCCUUUGGCUUACAAAACCUGCCUAGCUUUCUGUACAGCAACAAUGCAGAACAUGCUGUCAGUCAUGUGAUGGAGCUCCAAGAACGCCUUUAGGUGUAUUUUAACACCACUAGUGUUUUCAUUUAUGGAUGUGUCUUACUUCUCUUUUCUUUUUCAUUCCCAAACUGCAGGGAUUUGUAAAAGUCAGUCAUGAGCCUGAUGUGUAUAUUGUAUGUGAGGGAAUGUGAUGAAUGUUUAGAUUGAAAUACGUGUUCUAGUUAUUACAGGAACUGUAACACACUUACACUAAACAAUAAAUUAUGCACAUGGAGGACAUUUAUAUCACUGUGACUUGAGCAGGCUCUGUAACAAGCAAGAUUGUAUUAAUUUUAUGUUUCGUUUUCUAAGGUGUUUUUAAUAAUAAACAUGUAACUGCAUCAUUGUUGAUUGUUGUGUGUAACAAAUGUAAACAAAUAAUU